AUGUCUAAAGAAUGUGCAAAAACAACCUUGAAUAAUUAUUUAACACAUUUAGUUCAUUUGCUUUAUCUCAUUGAAUUUGAUAAUGUUGAAGCUUGUCUCAACAUAUUACGACAGCACUCAGUACCGGGCACAGACAGUAUCACGGCCAAUGAUAUCAUUGGUGGUCGAUUAAAAGCCGUUUUAUCACUUUUCUUUGGAUUAAGUAAAUAUAGACAAUUGAAAGCACCAAGUGUAAGGCCACAAUCGCAGAUAUAUCAAUCAACUUCAGAAAUGAUGUUAACGAAAGAAAGUUUUAUGUUGAAGAAUAUUCGAUUAGCUCCUAAAAAUAGACUCAACAAUAAGACUACUAGUUUACAUAAUCAUAAUGUAAAUGGAUGUUUUAUGUCGCCAUCCUACGAAGCAAACGAUUGCCACCAAAGAAAGAAAGAAAGACGAACAGCAAACGAUGAGUGCUCCAGUUCCCAAAAGGCUUCAUACGACUCAUUAGCUCGAAAUGCUUCCCAUUCCCAGGCGCGCGCCAAGCCGAAAAAUUGGUUAACAAAGCCGAAAAUCCUUAAAUGUAAUCAAGACUCUUGA